GUGAUCACGUGUUUUCUACUACGAUUCGCUGAAGUUGGGAGAAAAGUUUGACAAGCCCGACGAGCCUCGACAGAGCUGCAAAAGAUCCAGAACAAGGAAACUCGAACGGACAGACGGUUAUCCAAACUAACGGCCGUUUUUCUUUCUCUCCGGAGUAACGAUGGAAUCUGUCGCCCAGAAAGUGCUGACUUCGGGAUUCAGUCUCGACUUGGGGCCCCUGAAAGAACCACUGGCAUUUAUCCGUUUGUUAGAAUGGGUGUUCUCCAUAUUUGCCUUUGCUACGACUGGAGGUUACAGUGGCACAACCAGCAUCAACAUCCUGUGCCACGGGAAUCAACACCAAGUACCCGCAGACUUUAACUACCCAUUCAGGUUGAUGCAGCAUCCCUAUAAUGUUCCUAGCUGUAAAACCAAUGACACAUCCACCACUGCUUACUACCUGACAGGAGACCACUCAUCCUCAGCAGAGUUUUUCGUCUGUAUUGGAGUUCUGGCCUUUCUUUACAGCACUGCCACACUAGUCCUCUACUUGGGCUACCAGCACUUGUAUAGAGAAUCUAGUCGUGGCCCCCUUUUGGAUCUGUUGGUGACUGCGGCCUUGGCCUUCCUGUGGUUGGCAUCAUCCUCGGCUUGGGCAAAAGGCUUGUCAGAUGUGAAGUGGGCUACCAGUCCUUCAACCAUUGUAACUCUUCUUGAAGUUUGCAAGGAUACCACAAUCAAGUGCACCCCAGGUGCUCUGCCUCACAUGGGCCGACUAAACGCCUCAGUGAUCUUUGGUUUUCUUAACCUCAUCCUGUGGGGUGGCAACUGCUGGUUCAUUUACAAGGAAACCCCUUUCCACAAAUCAUCCAACCAGCCUGCAGACAUGGAAGAGGGUGUUAGGCCAUCGUAACUGCACAGCUUCCUCAUUUCAAAAUUGUCUAACAUGUAGUUUUGUUGAAUGAGUCAUUUUGGCACUAAUUGAUAAACGAAAAGAACUGUG